GAAGCGUGGAACCUUGGCCGCCAUGGCAAGGGAGAAAUUGUUUGAGCUAUUUGCACUUGUUUGUUGCGUGUACCAGGUGGUUUGGCCAGCAUCAAGUCGCCCGCACUCUCAUCCACGACUCCUCCACUCUCCACAGCCCCCAUCGACCCCGCAAUCAUGGCAAGCAAAGCAGCACACAAACGUCUCGCUAAGGAGUAUGUGAGCAUGCAGAAAGAGCCGCCGCCGUUUGUUUGGGCAACACCGGACGAAAAGAACAUCUUGACUUGGAAUUACCUUAUCGUGCGUUCUUUGAGCAGACAGCGCCAUUACUAUUGUUCAACAACUUCUGUUAUACAGCGCGGACCUCCUGAUUCGCCUUUUGCUGGUGGCGAGUAUCACGGUGUACUCAUUUUCCCUGCAGAAUAUCCCUUCAAGCCACCAGGCAUCAAGAUGUUUACUCCUUCCGGUCGAUUCCAACCUGACAAGAAGAUUUGUUUCUCCAUGUCUGAUUUCCAUCCUGGUACUUGGAAUCCCGCCUGGAGUGUCGCCACGAUACUCACAGGAUUACUGUCCUUCAUGCUCUCCGACGAGAUGACCACUGGCUCGGUGACAUCCUCAGAUGGUCACAAGCGAGCCUAUGCUGCUCGAAGUCACUCUCAUAAUUUGACACAACCAAGAUUUAGAGAAGCCUUCCCAGACUACUGUACAGAUACUCCCCGAGAUCUACCAAAUAUGGGCGAGCAGGAGAGAGGGAAACCAGAUACGGCAGCCACACCCACUUCACCUACAAGCCCUAGUCCGUUUUCUCCCUCUAUCUCGAGAUCUACCACAGCGACGCACCAGCUGCAGGUGUGUGAUAGACGACCAGCAGCACAGGCUCCCGCUGCCACGACGACGUCGCACGCAAGCGAUGUCGUAAAUACUAGUAGCUUGGCAUCUACAAACAAGCCAACUACGACACCGCAAGGGUGGACAGGGCAGCUGCGCCAGGUUUUGUGGGAGAAAUGGAGAUGGGGUGUGCUGAUCGCUUUCGCCGUCAUUGUGUCACGGCUGUCAUCGAGUCCUUGACAUAUCAAGGACUGUGACUACCCUGUGCCAUAUUUUUUUCUCUUCUCAUUUUUUUCAUGAUUGGAUAACAAUAAA